AUGGAAUGUAACUUUUCUGAAUUUAUUAAGUUCUUAGCUACAGGAAAUCAAGAAUAUAUCAACAAUUCUCAUGACAUUCUUGAUGAAAAGAAGUCAAAUGGGAUACUUGAACAAGAAAUACUUCAAUUAUUAACCUCAAAUGAAUUAGAAGAAAGAGAGAUCUUCAUUUUAUUAUCUAUUUCUAACAACUAUAACAUUUGUAUCCCUAUUGAUACCAUUUUAGAAAUGUUUAAUCGAAAUUCACAGUUAAUCAACUCCGAGAUAAGUAAAUUAUUAGCAAAAUACAUAACAUUCGAUGCAUCAUUAAUUCCCAGAUUUCUCCAAAUAUCUGAUGAUUUCAUUGUAUAUAAGUUAAAUACACUUUCUUUAAUAGACUUUGAUAAAAUUUAUUCAGAAGAGAUACAAUUGUUCUUAAUUUCGAUUAUUGAAGACAAUUAUUCAUUAGAAUGUAAAAUACAAGCAGCUGAAUUGUUAAAUAACAACCCAGAUACUUAUUUAAACUCAAAUAUUGAACAAUUCUUUCAAUUCAUUUUUGAACAAGACAUAACAACCGAUACAAUCAAGAUUAUCUCAAAAGUCGUUGGACUUGCAGAAUUCUCCAUUGAAAGUGAAGCACUAUUUCACAUUUUAUUAAAUCUUUCAAUUGAAGUUUCCAAUGAUAUUCCUUUAUCUAAUGAACUCAAAAUUCCAAUGACUGAAAUUGUUGGAGCCUUAAAUCAAGCUUUUCUUGAUAUUAAUUUUGAAUAUGAUUUAGAAACAUAUGUUUUAACAUGUAUAAGACUAUCUGUUCCAAGCGAUGAAGAAUUAAAUGAAUGGACAGAAAAUUUAACAAAUUAUUUAGAUUUAUUUGAAAACAACGAAGAUUUACGCGCAAAAUGUUUAGAUGCAAUCAUGUAUCGUAAGGAUCAUAUCUCAUUUGCUGUUGAUAUCUGCAAAGAAAUCAUAAAUUCAUCAAUAAAUGAACAGGUCAUUGUUUUAUGGAUCUUAUACAACAUCUCUGGUAGAUACAAUGUUGAUAUACCCGAUCCAAUCUUGUUUGAUAACGUUUUAUGCUAUGCAAACAAUAUUUCCUUCCAAAUUUUGAAUUCUAAUUACAAUCCUGACUUGAUUCCAGUGAUAUCUGAGUAUUUACAACAGAAUAAUUUUGUUUUUACAAUUACUAUUGCUAAUGAACUUAUUAACUGUGAAGAAGAAAGUUAUUUUCAGCUAAUUCCUUUGACAAUACAAGCUGUUUCGAAGCUGAUAUCAGAAGAUAAUGAUGAAACAGCAUUGAAUCUUAUUGUUACCAUUCAUUUAUUGAUACAAGUUAAUUUAGAUAUUUUAUCUGGAAUAAUUAUUGAGUUAAUUGAAUUCAUUCAUGAAUUAAUACGUAUGUUUCAUGGAAACAAUUGUCUUUUCCAAGAAAUUGUUUCGAUUAUUAAUACUUUGAUUAGAAAUCAAAAUUAUCAUGAAUUAAUGUUACAGAACUUUUAUGAAAUGGCUUCGAAUUUCAUGCUAAAUGAAUCUUACAUUAAUAUUGGAUAUGAUUUAACUUCUGGAUUGAUAUGCGAUGAUAAUUCAAUUGAUUCUGUUUAUCAUCGAACAUUAUAUGAAAGUUUCGUUCAAUCAUUAAAUCAAUAUGAUAUUAAUGAUGAUAAUUUGGCAUAUGCAAUGAAAAUUGCUUCAUUUUUCAUCAGAAAUGGAGUAAUCGAUAAUUUUCCUGAAUGGAUUAUUAAUAUAUUACAAAAUCCAGAUAUAGACGAUAUAUUUUUCAAGUAUUUCGGAAGUGUUUGGCUUUAUUUCCUUAGAAAUUUAGAUUUAUCAGAUAACAUCCAAAUUUUUCAAGCAGUAAUGACAAGAUUAACCUAUGAACCUCAAAUGUCCAACUAUUCUCAAUGCAUUUUUAUUACUUUUCUUCAAUUUAUUAAAGAAGAUAUCCAAAAGGCUACUGACUUGCUAGAAUCAGUCGGGAUGGAUAUAAACUCGUUCAUAAGAAUGAUGAAAAAGCUGCUUGUAUUUGAAAAUUUUGUCGGAUGGUUUGAUAUCAAAAUACUACUCUCAACUUUGAUGAUUUUCCGUGAUAACAAAGUUAAUGAAGACGAUGAUGAUCCAUUGAUAUACUUUAUUAUUUCAUUCUUUAUAAGAAUUAGCGAUGAUCAUUUACUUGCAUUCAAAAACCGAAAUAAUGUACAAGAAAUAUCUGUUGCUUUUUGUGUAGAAGAUCCUUUUUACAAAGAAAACGAAUUAACUGAUAUUGAUAUCAUUACAUUUUUUGAUAAGUAUAUUAGAAUUUUUGGAAUUCCUGAAGAAUCUCAAGAAUAUCUACAGAAUCUUUAUGAUACUCUUGUCAAAACUCACAAUGAUUAUUUUAAUUUAUAG